CGCUUUCUUAUGACGUCGCUGCUAAACGGAACUGCUGGAGUUUUCUAGAAAAGGCUUCAGGAGAAGAACAGAGAGGGUUUCUUCACUUCAUAACGCGGAUUAAAUACCCGCCCGAGGCACAGGUCAUAUUCUCCUGUUAGUUUAUGUCUUAAACCCCGGACUGGACUUUAUCUUCUAAUUCACAACCAACAUUUAGGAACACAAUAAUGACCACCAUCGACUACAGCGUGUGGGAUCAUAUCGAGGUGUCGGACGAUGAAGAUGAUACUCACCCCAAUAUCGACACACCCAGCCUGUUCAGAUGGAGACACCAGGCUCGAGUGGAUCGAAUGGAGGCGUUCCAGAAGAAAGGGGAGGAUCUAGAGAAGAGUCUGUCAGAGGUCAAGAAGAAGCUGUCGGAGGCUCAGCGCAAGGUGAAGCAGCUGGAGGGGGCGAGUACAGAGCAGGCCAAGAAGGAGCUGGAGGUGGCCAAGACUGAGGAGAAGCAGCUACGUAAGGAGGAAAGGAGCUGGGAGAAGAAGCUCGAUGAGCACCGCAGGGAGGAGAAGAAGAUGCCCUGGAAUGUAGAUACACUCAGCAAGGAGGGAUUUAGCAAGAGUGUGUUGAACGUAAAGCCGGAGGUGAAGGAGGAGACAGAGGAGGAAAAAGAGCAGAAGCACAAGACCUUUGUGGAGAAGUAUGAGAAACAGAUAAAGCACUUUGGAAUGCUGCGGCGUUGGGAUGACAGUCAGAAGUACCUGUCUGAUAACCCUCACCUGGUGUGUGAGGAGACUGCAAACUACCUGGUUAUCAUGUGCAUUGACCUGGAGGUGGAGGAGAAACAUGCUCUCAUGGAACAGGUGGCCCAUCAGACCAUUGUUAUGCAGUUCAUCCUGGAACUUGCGAAAAGCCUAAAGGUCGAUCCACGAGGCUGUUUCCGGCAGUUCUUCUCAAAGAUAAAGACGGCAGAUCAGCAGUAUCAGGAUGCCUUUAAUGAUGAGCUGGAGUCCUUCAAAGAGCGUGUACGUGGCCGGGCAAAGAUCCGCAUUGAGAAGGCCAUGAAGGAGUAUGAGGAGGAGGAGAGGAAAAAACGGCUUGGACCUGGAGGUCUCGACCCUGUAGAGGUGUAUGAGACCCUGCCCCUGGAAAUGCAGAAGUGCUUUGAUGAGAAAGACAUCCAGAUGUUACAGGAAGCCAUCAGCAAAAUGGACCCCACGGAGGCGAAGUACCACAUGAAGCGCUGCGUUGAUUCGGGUCUGUGGGUGCCGAAUUCACAGACAGGCGAAGACGGAGAGAAAGAGGAGGAGAAGGAGGUAAAGGAGGAGGAGCCUCAGUAUGAGGAAGUGAAGACAGGAGAUGCUCAAUGAGCCCCCCAACCCCACCCCCCGGAACACAUUUCUCACUUAUUCCCAAUUUACCAGAAUCCUCUGGUCUGCCCUAAAUGUGGAAGCUGUUUGGAGAUGUAUUUACUGGUGAGAACCCGGAGCUACUGGAACGUGUGUGUGUGUGUGUGUGUGUUUUGCACAUUACAGUGGUGACUUCAUUCAUGUGUAAUACACCAAAACAUUAACCCUGGCAAAUACAAUAAACAGACCUGAAACCUAAAAAAUGGUGGUGAUAGAAAGAGCUCCGUGUGGUGUGUAUGCAUGCGUUAUUUGUUUUUAUUUUUUUAUUUUUUAUAUGCUAGUCCCAAAGCCCCCCAAAGGUGUUCUUGGUUAUUUCCACUCACCGCUGCUCACAUGAUGGCAGUAAUGCAGGGCUGUGAUUGGCUGAAUAAUUCUUGGUCUCUGGAAAUGACAUUCUGGUGUUUGUUAAUGAAUUCUUUAUUAAUGUAGUUCCUCCUGUUGGUUUAUCAGUAAAGUGUAUUGAUCGAUCAUAUAAAUAAGCAUCAGCUUGUACAGCUUUAUUUCUCUGCUCCUGUUCACAUCUAAAAACAUGGAGAUCACACUUGUUUGUAUUUGAUGUUGAUCUUGUUAGGUUCAGACUAGUGUCCUCUGAUUUGUACUAGAACAAUGAGGGCUAAGUAAAGGUCUGCUGUAAACA